CUAAACAUUACAAUUUCUGAAAACUUAACUUGGUCAACCAAAAUAUCCCAAGAUUAUUAAGCUAUUUUAAAAGGGGGCUACUGGUAUGAAUUUGUCUUAUGAAAAUUAAAGGCCUGAUAAGCAUUAAUUGCAAAGGGAGGCCUCCUCUCCCUUUCCUUCCCAGAAUACCUAUUAAUUCUCAACACAACUUACCUUGAAUUAUCUCUAUUGUACAGAAUGCCUAGAACAGUGGUGGCGAACCUAUGGCAUGCGUGCCAGAGGCGGCACUCAGAGCCUUCUCUGUGGGCAUGCACACCGUUGCCCAAGCCCUGUCUCCCCCCGCGGCUCCCUCCUGACCAGCAGCCCCCCCAGAGGAGAGUUGAUCCUGGACGUGGCCUGCACGGAACAGCGCAGCCAGGGACAUGGCAGCCAGGAAGACUCCGCCCUCAUGCUCCGCCACAUGCAGAUGAUGCUAUGGGGCACGGGCGGAGGGCAUGGCUGCCAUGAUGCUGCUGGGCCGCCUGGGUGAUCUGCUGCGGCGGGCCGUGGAGGUGGUGGAUGGCCCUAUUGGCGGUUGGGGGGUAGGGCAGGGGGCAGUUUUGGGGCAUUCAGUCUCUAAAAGGUUCACCAUCACUGGCCUAGAACAAUGUCAGUUCAUGAAAGUCACAUUAUCAUUACUGUAUCAGAUAAGAUAUAUGAGUUUGAUGUGUUAAUUUGUUCUUAAAACCAUAAUUGAGAGUUAUAUUCAGUUUUUAUAAUUCUAAUUUUCUACUUAUAUAUUUGAACUUAUGUAAAACAUGGAUUGAGUGAUGCUAUAAUAAUUAAAAAAGCAGGCAUGCAUAUUUAAAAUGUAUUCCCAGUGAAAAACAUGAAGCUGAAUCAGAUACCAUAAGAAAAGUUAGCUUGUAGUUUCAAGUUUCCUGAAAGGAGCAAUAAAGAAUAUUUCUAGUUCAGGGUUGAAAUGAGGAGUCCUUGGUGGUCUCUGAGCUUGGUUCCUUGUAGACGUUUCAUUACCCAAACUAGGUAACAUCAAUGGUGCUAUUAACUAGGUAAUUAAACAUCUGCAAGAAAACAAGCAAGCUCCAAAAGUACUAUGGACCCCUUAUUCUUGAAAGGAAGCAGCUAAGUAGCCACAUUCAGCCCUGAGAAAAAGCAGCACAAGGAGUUAAGCAAGAAGUAUGAAAAAGAAAGGCAAAACUAGCCUACAGAAAGGCAAUGUAACAAGAAGACUCCAAAAUUAAGGCAAAUUUGGUAUAAAGACAGAAGUUUCCCAAAGGGAAGACCACUUGUAUCUCUUUCAGUUAUUGUCAUAUUAUAGCUUCCUAAGGAUAAUUCAGAAAAUAUUUUAUGUACACAGCUCCUGGACUGGAAUACAGCUCCAUGGCUAAGGAUGUGACUAACGGAUGCAUCUACAGUUCAAAGAAGCAGCAUCCUCUUUUAAUAGUCAGUUCUUCCUUUGUACCAAGAACAAAUUCCUUAUUAAAAUGCUAUAAUGUUAUUUUUACAAUCCAGUUGAUUCUCCAGUUCAUUCUCUCAGACAUAUACAAUUUUGUUAAAAUGUACUGUUUGCUUGCUAGAUAAUGCUACAUGCUCUAGCUAUGACUUCUCUUUCCAAUUGUAGAUAGGAUUACCAAAUCUGGACCAUAAAAACCCAUUCAAUCACUAGAAGAAAGCAGGGGUUUUGUAUAUUUUUGCCCUUCAUGUCUGGUAACUCUAUGUUCCAAUGAAAAUGUAAAGAGACACUGUAAAAUGUAAACAAAUGUUUGUAAAUUCGGUCACAAUUUGUACAAAAUAAAUAUUCUACUCUCUACUAAUAGUACUUCAAGAGUUAAUUCUUGUCCGUGUUGAUUGAAAGUUUAAGCAGUCACGCCCACUUCCGCAUUCUGAUGCAUCAUACCCUUCUCACUAUAAAAAGGACAAAUCAGCUAUUUUCAGCAAAAUUGCUACAUACAGGAUGAGUUCAGUAAAUAGAUCUGAUGCUUUGAGCUUUUUUCAUUAAAAUGGGGAUUAAGCAAGACUCUACAAGUUAAAAUGCCCAUUCUAGAAAAUUAAGAUCACUGCUACAAUGAAAACCUGGCUCCUAUUGACAACUAGUUUUUUCUAUCUGUCCUCCUGUUUGUGCCGGAAAGGAAACAAAUGUAGCAACAGCAGCUUAAACUUUCGAUAUGAUAAAUCGCAUCCCAUUAAGACUUUCUAUGGCACUCCACAAGACAUGUAUGAGCCGAUACCUAUUUCCGCCCUAGAUGGACUGACCAAUCACAAAAAAGAAAAGUGUCCUAUGGAGAUAUCCAACAUCUCAUCAUUGAAAGUAAAUAAUAUCACCAUGGAAUACCUUACUAGCUCACUGAGUGUGAAGAUGUUACCAGCUAUAUACACAGCUGUUGUCUUAAUAGGAGUACCAGCCAAUGUCGUAACACUGUGGAUGCUAUUUUUCAGAAUCAGAUCAGUCCGUACUGCCAUAUUCUACACAAAUUUGGCUAUUUCAGAUUUCCUUUUCUGUAUAAUGCUGCCAUUCAGAAUUGUAUACCACCUGAAUGGCAAUAACUGGAUAUUCGGAGAAGCAAUGUGUCGGAUCAUGACUGCUGUCUUCUAUGGAAAUACGUACUGCUCCACCCUGCUUCUCACUGGUAUCAGCAUCAGCCGUUACAUGGCCAUUGUUCACCCAUUUACCUUCAGGACUCUACCUAAACAGUUCUUAGCUACUUUAACUUGUGGGGUAGUGUGGACAGUGGUUUUUUUAUAUAUGUUGCCUUUGAUAAUCAUGAAACAAAGCUAUCAUCUGAACCAGCUAAAUAUCACUACCUGCCAUGAUGUUUUUAAUGUCUGUGAAACUAUGCUCCCUUUCCAACACUACUACUUUAUCUUCCUUGCAGUAUUUGGAUUUAUAAUUCCACUUUGCGCUGUUAUUUUUUGUUACAUUUCAAUUAUUCGAACACUCAAGGUUUAUGAACAAAAGUGGUUCUGGUACAUCAAAGUUAGUCUUCUUGUCCUCAGCAUUUUUGCUAUUUGUUAUAUUCCCAGCAAUGUUAUACUGAUUGCUCAUCAUCUGAAUUAUUAUUACAGUUCUAAAGAUAAUUUAUAUUUCUUUUAUCUGAUUGCUUUAUGUCUAAGCAGCCUGAAUAGUUGUCUUGAUCCUUUCCUUUAUUUCUUGAUGUCCAGAGUCAAUGACAACACCAAGACCUAUCUCACCAUGGUUAAAAUAGUUCAGGAAGAAAAAACAUGAUAUACCUCUCUUGUGAUAUUUGAAAAGGUUACAGAUACAUAAUUUUUUGACAAAAUUACCUAUUUAAGACUUCUAUUUUUAUAACGUCAAACAUCAAAUUAUAUGCAAAUACUUAAAGCUAUUCAUUAUUAUACUACUCAGGAAAAUAUUUCAUUAACAGGGUUAAAAAUUACACACUUUUAGUUUGGUUUGAUCAUGGUUUGGUUGUAGCGUAUCUUCAUAAUUGACAACAAAAAUAAAUAUCUGGACUUUUUCUACA